GUUGCACCAGGUGUACUUCGAGGCUCCCUCCUGCGGGGGGGGUCCCCCGGAGAGGGUCUUCCUGGUGGGGGAUUACUCCUCUGCGGCUCAGUUCUUCGUCACGGUGGGGGUCGGAGCCUUCCUCUACGCCCCCUCUGCCCUGGGGGGUUACCUCUUCCUCUCCCACAGCUACACCCCGGGGGGGAGAGCCCCCAAAAUUGAUUUGGGGGUGACUCUGCUGCUGUCCCUGCUGUGGUUGGUGGCUUCCUGCUCCUGGGCUGUGGCUUUGGCUGACAUCAAAGCUGCCACCAACCCCGGGGGGGUCCUGGAGCAGAUUUCGGGGUGCCAGAGGCCAGGAGCUCGCUGCAAGGCUUUGGGGGGGCCAAGGACAUCAGGCUUGAACACCUCAGUGGUGUUUGGCUUCCUCAACCUGGUCCUGUGGACUGGCAACGUUUGGUUCGUGUUCAAGGAAACAGGCCUGGGGGGGGUGGGGGUCGCCAGGGGCCCCCCCGGGGGGAUGCACCCCGAAAAAACCCCCCCUGGCCCCCCCACCCUCCACGGGGAAGGAGGAGCUUAUGGCCAACCAGAUGUGGGGGGGUAUGGCCAGCCUGGGGGGGGCUAUGGCCAGCCUGCGGGGGGCUACCAGCCCGAGUAUGGCCAGGGGGGGUACGGCCCCCCCGAGGGGGGGUACGGCCAAGGGGCUCCCCCAACCUCCUUCAGCAACCAGAUGUAG